AUGAAUCAGAAUCUCUCGUACACGUACACCUCGGAUCCGAGGAACGGCGCCAACGGCCAAAAUCAACAAAUCCAGGGAUUGUCAUUCCAUCCAACGUCGUAUCAGACGUCGACCUACACCAACUCGACGACGGCGCCGUUUCACUCAUCGUCGUCGGCGGCGUUCAUUCCGAACAAUGUGACGCAGAAUCAGCCGCGUCGCAUCGGCGAGGACAAGAACCUCGUGAACAUGCUCGACGCUUAUUUCAUCGACAGCACGACACCGUCGACGUCGUCGUCGUGGAACAACCAACAACCGGUUCAGAUGCAGCAGCUCUCGCAAUCGGUCACCCAAUACAGUCAAUCAUUGGUGCCGCAGAUCAAGGAAGAGAAAUUCCAGACGCUUGAAGGCGUCACUGUCAAAAUGUCCAACUCGCCGGACAAGACGGAAAAGGAGCGGCAAAAGAAGGCGCGUCAGGCGGAAGCCGCCCGAAUGCGCUAUCAUCGACUCUCGAACGAGGAGAAGCGCGAGUUGAACUUGAAGCGUACGCUGGCGCAAAAACGCAAGCGGCAACGCGAGAAGGAAAUGGAAGAGCUCGAGUCGAUUCUACGCGAGACCAACGACAUACAGGAAGAUCCCGACAUCACCGAGCAAUUGCGUGAGAAGCGAAUGCGCGCGAAAUGGGCCGAGGCGGCUCGCGCUCGCUACGCUCGUAUGACACCGGAGGAGCGACGCGCGCAUAACACGCGACGACGAAUGCGUCAGAUGCAGAACGCGAUGUCGGCGAUUAAGAGUUCGGAGUUUCAGGCGAGUGGCGUUGCUACUGGCGACCCGCAAAAGGACGAUGAGGCGGUUAGAGCGCACAUUAAGGCGAUGAAUGCGAAGAAGGCGGAGGCCGCGCGGCAGAGAUAUCACCGCAUGUCCGAUGAGGAGAAGAGAAUCUAUAAUCAGCGUCGCACCGAGGCUUUUAGACGUCGUCGAAUGGAGGAGGAAAUGCUCUUGGCUAUGCCGAUAGGGCGAAUCAAUGGAGAAGCUUUAGAUCGCGCUCAGCAGAUAGUUGUGCGAAAUGCGAAGCGCGCCGAAGCGGCGAGACUCCGCUAUCAGCGAAUGACUCCCGAUCAGCGAAAACUGUACAACCAGAAGCGGUAUACACCGAAGCGACGACGCAAUGAGCUUGAGGAUAUGAUGAACGCCGGACAGAUGGCGGUUGGAUCGUCGGGAACAAUUGGAAUUGGCACCGGCACUGUCAACAAAAAGGAGGAUCUUGACGCCUUGUCGACAUUGGAGCGCGAUGUUAUCAAGCGCACUCAACAGGCGCAACAAAUCCUUUUGCGUCAGCAACGCGCGAAUCAAGAUGGCCAUGAGUCGACGACGUCGCCGCAACCGCAAACCUACAUCAUUCAGCCGGCUAGCAACGGCCAACCGCAGCAACAGGCACCACCAUCGCAGCAACAGCAGCAGCAACAACAACAGGCGCCUCCGCAGGCACAACAGCAGCAACCCGGACAGCAGCAGCAGCAGCAUCUCGCCACCAUUCAAAUUGGCGCCAACAAUGGAACGAAUGGGCUCGGCCAUCAGGUGGUGCAUGGUGUCCACCAAUUGCAGCCGGCGCAAGUUCAACUUCAGGUCUCGCAUCAGCAAUCAUCGGGCACGAUUCCGCAACAACUGUACACGAGUAACAUGAUGAUUUCCGGUGGACUUCAGCAAACGCAAGACAUGAACCAUAAUGAAUACGUCACUGAAGAGCAGAAGAUGACAGCUUCGGAGGCGAAUUCGACGUAUCAGACUAGUUCCUAUUAUUCGCCGUCGCCGUCGUCGUAUCAGACGGUCUCAUCGAUGUCGUUUCCUUCGAAUGGGGACGAAGUGGAACGUAAAAAUGAUUAUAUAUUGAUUGCGCAGGAUAAUGUGGCGGCUUCGACGUCUGCUGGAUUGAUGAAGGAGCAUCCCGCUGCUGUGCAGGCGGACCAGAUGAACGCGUUCAUUGAUUCGUACUUUGUCGAGCAUCCGAGCUCGUCGGCCGACGUCUCCGAUGAUAUUGGGCAUGAGGAUGAGGAGGAAGAGGAGCUUGAGGAUGAUGAGCUCGAUGAGAGUUUAAUGGACGAGCUCAAUUGUCCGAAGAAUCCCGUUGAGGAGAUCGAAGCGAUGCAGAAGCAAGCCGAAGUCGAACUCCUCAACGAUCCGUCGAUGUCGGAGAAGGUUCGCGAAGAGCGAUCGCGGCAGCGACGCGCCGCCGCCGCGCGCUCUCGCUAUCAGCGGAUGACGGAGAGCGAGCGACGGUUGUACAAUCAUCGGCGGCGGCUGAAACAACUCGGGCUGGACCCGGAAAGCGCCAAAACCGACAUGGAGCUUGUGCGGCAACACGUGAAAAUGGCGAAUGCGAAGAAAGCGGAAGCGGCGAGAAUGAGAUAUCACCGAAUGACGCCCGAACAGAAACGCGAUUACAACAUGCGACGAACCGAAGCGUUUCGCCGCCGCCGACAGGAAGAGGAAAUGUUGUUGUCGACGCCGGCGGGGCGAAUAUCCGCCGAAGCGCUCGCAAAAGCCCAACAAAUUAUGGUGCGAAACGCGCGCAAAGCCGAAUCGGCCCGUCUACGCUACCAGCGAAUGACGCCCGAAGAGCGGCGGCAGUAUAAUUUGAAGCGAGCCGCCGCGAAAAAGAAGCGAAAAGAGCAAAUGAUGCAGCAGCAACUCCAACAGCAGCAACAACAACAACAGCAACAGCAUCAGCAGCAACAGUCGGCGAAUAAUCGGCGAACUCGUCAGCAACCGCAGAUUCAAAUGAUCCAUCCGCCGUCAUCGACGUCGUCUUCGCGUCCGCCGACGACAGCGCCGUCUAGUGAUGGAUUCGAUGCCGCGCAGGAUCUCCAAGAUCAUCAAUUGAGUAUGCAGAUGGAGGAAAUUACAAUGAAUCCGAUCGAAUGUGUCAUGGUUCAAGAUCGCGCCGAGACAACCGCGAUUCUUCCCACUACGGCCUCAACGAGUGGUGUUGCGACGACAGCCGCUUCGAAGAAUGUUGAGGAUGAGGAGGCAAAAGUUCCGGUUAGUGAGUCAAAGCCGUUUAUUGUCACGGAACUCAUAAGCGAGGAUCCGAGCACAUCUGAGCAGCACAUGUUGGACGUGAUCAAUCAGGUCGCCACUCCAACGCAACUUGAGAUAUUCGCGCAGAUGGAACGCGAUGUGAUUCGGCGGACGAAACAAGCGCACAUGAUAUUGCAACGGCAGCAGAUAUCGAUGAAUGUCGACAAUAUGCUUGUCGGCGACAUUGUGGGGCACGCGAUCACGUCGAACUCGUCGAACGCGAUCGUCGGCGGAAUUCAAUACGACAUUCCGCACAGCGAGCAGGAAUUGAUUGUUGAGCAAUCGGUCUCGUCGCCGCACACUCAGAUUCUCGUCACCGAGCACGAUCUACUGAGCGGCGGCGGCUCGACGGUCGCCAAUGAUGACGACGUUGUGCAGCCGGGCGAGAAGCUGAUUGAUGAGAAGGCGCUUCAUGAGAUGCUCCGAACGGGUCUUGAUUCGAACGGGCAGCCAGUCGAAAUUCGAAUGGCUGAUGGGACGCCGAUUAGUGGCGCCGAGCAGUUGAGCUGCCUCGGAGGUGGACAGACAAUUCUGAUUACACAACAUCCACCAAUUGAAUCAAAGGUGUCGACACAUUUAAACGGCGAUUACCAUAUUGGUACAUCGCAGUCUUCUGAUAUGACGCUGAUGUCGUCGGCGGUGAAUAGCUACACGAAUCCGCAAAUUCCAAUGGACGGACACGGUCUUGAGCAGGCCGGCUAUGGAAUGGGCGGUAUCAACAGCGAGCUUCAUCAGCCGACGGCGACCGAGCAGAAGUUGGCGUUGAAUCGGGCGAAGCGCGCCGAACGCGCGCGACUCCGCUAUCAUCGAAUGUCGGCGGAGGAGCGACGCGAGCAGAACGCUCGCCGCGCCGACAUGCUCCGCAAAUCGCGGCAACGCGACGAGGAGCUCGUGCAGCUCGCUGAAACGGUGCCCGCCGAUCAGAUCGAUGAGGAGACGAAGCAGCUCAUUCGUGAAGCGCAGGCGCGACGAUUGAGACGAGCCGAGCAGGCGCGAGCCAAAUAUCAUCGAAUGGACAGCGAGCAACGGCGGCAGUACAAUGCGAUGCGCGACGCUCAGCGAAGGCAACGGAAGAGGGAGCAGGAUCGGAUCAAGCAGGAGCAGCAGCAGCAAGCUGAGCAAGAGCAAGCCUUGCAAGAUGGAACUGUGGGUAUUGGAGAGGUUCCAGAAUCCAAUUCCAUCUCGAUGUCGCCGUCGCAGCAGAAUGACGUUGGGCACGAUGAUGUGAUGUAUUCAUCGUACCAAAUUUUUGAAAAUGGUUCCUGGGAGAACUAA